AUGAAGUUCACGUUUGCGAUUUUAGCCGUAUUUUUGAUAUCUUCAUCUUUGGGAAGUCCGUCUGAGAACUCGUUGAUACGACAACGUCGUGAUGUUAACUUCAUUGGCAACACAAAAGCUCUUGUUGAAGAAUUGAUUCAGAAUCUACGAAGUGCUGCCCAACAAGCUUUUGACGCUAUUACAACAUUCACAACUGGCAUGCGAGAUCAGCGUAAACAGUUCACUGAGAAAAUAGCAAGCGAUAUACAAAAAUUCCGAGAGCGAAUUCAGAGUGUUAUUAAAAGUACAUUUGACAGAUUUACAAACGCUGGAUCAGCAGUUAGGAAUUGUAUUGAUGGUCAUUUUAAGCAAAUAGAUAACGUAUUCAAUGACACCGUUGCAAAAUCAAAGCAAUGUGCCGGCGAUCGUAUAGCGGAAAUUGGAACUAUGAUUGAGAACCUUCAGGAGCUAUCGUCUAACGCCACUAACUACGCAAGUGCUGCUUUGACUGAACUGCAAGAAUGUACUGAAACCAAUCUGGGGAUUUUAUCAACCGGUACUUGCCUCAGUGGUAUUGCUAUACGAACUGAAUUAAAAGGAGCUGUCUAUUUAACCCAAAGUGGACUUUUGAUUUCGCGCAUAAAUUUAGCGUUCUCAACAUUGCCGGCCUCAUUAGAAAUAUGCGCAGGUACCAAACUCGUUGAAGCUGGUAUUAAUUCUGCAAAGAUAAUCAUGGAAGCUGGAACUUGUUCUGCAUCUUCAGUUUAUUCUUCGCUUAAUGGAAAUAUAUCAUCAUCUUCAUACAAGUUACAAAACAAUUUUAAUCAUGUUGAAUUUUUAUACACCCGCAUUCAAAAACACGCAAGGAAUCCAAGAGAUUUAUCUUAUAUAUGGAAUAAAAUAAAAUCUGAUAUUGCGAAGGCUUGGGAAGCUUUAAAAAAAAUAGCAGAUAAAACAAAGCAACGCCAAUGUUUGGAUUCCUUUCAAGAUGAAAUUCUUAACGAUCUAGAUGUAGCUACCUGGAUUGUUUCGCAUAAGGCUCUAACAGUAAGGAAUACUAUUGAUGACGGCCUAGAAACCAUUAUGAAUUGUGUCACGGAAGGGCUCUCAAAAGCAAUGACAACAUUAGUUGGCAAAUUUUUACAGAUUAUUUUGUGUGUUAAGAGUAAUAAACAGUGA